UUGAGCUAUGGAGGAAUUGCCGCGCUCGGCGCGGGCGACGCGAGGGAAAAGGCUCACGAAGCUGCUGGAUGAUGAGGUUGAGGCGGAUAACUCGUUUUGGGGCCAGGAAGCGUUCAAGGAGGAAAACAAUGAUAAGGAAUAUCAGGAAGAGGCAGAAGAGGUUGAUGAAUUCGACAGUGACUUUGAUCAAGACGAGGGACCUGAAUCGGAAAACGAAGUUAAAGAAGAAAAAGAGGUUGUCAAAAAGAAGAGAAAGUUUCCCUACAAGAAGCCCGGGGCGGACAAGAAGAAAAAGAGCGUCAGCUUUCUACUGAAAAACGUUGCACGCACAGACAAGCCGAAGCCAAAGAAAAAGGCACCGCCCCGGCCAAGUGAUCAGGAGGAUGGCGAUGGAGAAAGCGAGAGGAUCAUCAGAAAAUCCACGAGAGUGUCCGUUGUGGCGAGGCAAGCUGAGAGAGCCGCCAAAGCAGCUUUGCAAACCACACCCAAGCCAGUGAAGAGAAAACGGGAAGAAGAGAAGAAGAUGUCUCAGGAAGACAUGCUUCUCGAGGCAGCUCAAACAGAGGUUAUCAAUUUACAGUCUCUGGAACGCAUGCUCGCUCGAGAAGAAGAAGUUAAGAAGAAGGCAAUCAUACAGAAAACGGUGUACAAUGGUCCUCAAGUCAGAUUCAUUUCCAAAGGCGGAUACAAUGUACUGGAGUUCACCAAAGUGAGCACGCUUCCUAGCGCCAUUAACUCCAAAGCAAAGCCUUGUAAACGAGUCACUCUCCUUUCUCAUUCUUUCUCGUUUUCACCCUCGAUUCUCACUUUCUCUCUUGUUUUUUUCCUUUUCUUCUUUUCUACGCCAGAUCCCGAGAAAGCUUUAUGCGUUGUAACAGGCCAGCCAGCCAGGUACAAAGAUCCCAAGACAGGCCAGCCGUAUGCCACGAAGGAAGCGUUCAAGAUACUCCGCGAGAGGUUCUCGAGAAGCGGCGACAAAUCCUCGUCCACGCGGAGAGACAGCUUGGAAGAAAUCCACCAGAGGAAACGGACGAAAGUCGAGACGGAGAGAGCUCCUAGUAGCCGCGCGGGCGUCGUCAAGCUCAAGUUUAAGAAAUCCCCCAGUGGCAGCAUGGUGUCAUCGUCAUCGCCGCAAGCUCUCAAUCACCAGCCUCGAAUCGUGGUCCCGGUUCUGCAACCCCCGCCGCCACCCAUCGACUUCCACCAAGUGAUCGACGAGGCCGACUUCAUGCUCGAGGGACUGGACGAUCUCAAGCCCGACUAUAAGAUCGAGGACAGCAUCCUGUACGAGACCAACGAGAAGCUCGAGGCCCAGUUCACGUCCGGCUUUCCCUGGCACCACUGAAAGUAGCCGAGAACUUGGAAGAACUCUGGAAGCUAUAGCCGCUCGGAGGACUUGGAAGAGCUCUGGAAGCUAUAGCCGCUCGGAGAACUUAGAAGAGCUCUGGAAGCUAUACAACAAGAACAAAAAAGAAAAGAUCACUGUAACAGCGAGAGGGAGAGAAAUGUAAAUUUUAAAACCUGGCCUGCU